AUGUCAACCACACGGCAAUAUAAAACUUUAGGUGAAGAUAUAUGGCGCCAGAAUACACAAAAAGUUAAUAGCGAAAUCUUCACUCUUACCUAUGGAGCAUUGGUCGUACAGCUGAUCAAGGACUAUGAGGAUUUCGAACAGGUCAAUCUCCAGCUUGACAAAAUGUGUGUUUGCGAGGGGGUUUCUCACAUCUAG